UUUUUUAUUAUUUUCGUGCCUUCUAGAAGCUAAGCUAUGGAUUGUGCUUUGAAGACUCACAAUGCAGUGUUAAUAACCAGCAAAUUAUUUUCAAAAAACUCUACAAAUUUUAGAGUUUCCACUGUUAAAUGUUCUUCCAAGAACGAUGGUGCACUAUCUGGAGCUGCAGGUCUGGUUGAAAGACCUUGGAAGGUAGCAGAUGCUAGACUUGUUCUCGAGGAUGGUUCAAUUUGGAAGGCAAAAUCAUUUGGUGCUCGUGGAACCCAAGUUGGAGAAGUGGUUUUUAAUACCUCUUUAACUGGGUAUCAGGAGAUAAUUACAGAUCCCAGUUAUGCGGGCCAGUUUGUGUUGAUGACUAACCCUCAUAUCGGGAAUACUGGGAUCAAUUUCGACGAUGAAGAAUCGAUGCAGUGCUUUCUUGCAGGAUUAGUCAUUAGAAGUUUAAGUAUCAGCACCUCGAAUUGGAGAUGCACAGAGUCACUUGGUGACUAUUUGGCUGAAAGGAACAUCAUGGGUAUAUAUGAUGUCGACACUCGAGCAAUUACGCGGAGAUUGAGAGAAGACGGAAGCCUAAUUGGAGUCUUGAGCACAGAAAAUUCAAAAAGUGAUGAAGAACUUCUCGAAAUGUCCCGUACAUGGGACAUUGUGGGUGUGGAUCUAAUAAGUGGUGUUUCAUGCAAAUCUCCUUACGAAUGGGUUGAUAGAACAGGCUCAGAUUGGGAGUUCAAUGAUAAUGGAAGAAAUAAAAAAGCUUUCAAUGUCGUUGCAUAUGAUUUUGGAAUCAAGCAUAAUAUACUGCGGCGCUUAGCAUCCUAUGGCUGUAAAAUCACUGUGGUUCCUUCAACAUGGCCAGCAUCUGAAACUCUAAAGAUGAAGCCUGAUGGAGUUCUUUUCAGCAACGGGCCAGGAGAUCCCUCUGCAGUUCCCUAUGCAGUUGAAGCGGUAAAAGAACUUAUUGGAAAAGUUCCUGUUUUUGGUAUAUGUAUGGGUCACCAGUUGCUUGGUCAAGCAUUGGGAGGUAAGACAUUCAAAAUGAAAUUUGGUCACCAUGGAGGAAACCAUCCUGUUCGAAACCUUCGAAAUGGCUGUGUUGAGAUCAGUGCCCAGAAUCACAACUAUGCUGUUGACCCCGAGUCUCUUCCAGAGGGUGUAGAGGUGACUCAUGUAAAUUUAAAUGAUGGAAGUUGUGCUGGUCUUGCCUCCUCUAAGAUGAAGCUCAUGUCACUUCAAUACCAUCCCGAAGCAUCUCCAGGGCCUCAUGAUUCCGAUCCUGUAUUUGGAGAAUUUAUACAACUCAUGAAGCAAGAAAAAGUGAAGGCAUAAGUCAAUCUAUGUUGCUUAGACUCUUCAAAAUUGUUGAUGGGUGCAUGUUGGAUCCUCCAAAAUUAGUCAUUUUUAGGGGAUUCGGCAUGGGUGCGGAAACAUUUUUGGGGAGUCCGAGAAACAUAAAAGCCAAUCACCUAGAGGCUGAAGCAGUAGUUCGUAAGAUAUGUUUGAAGGAACCACAUUCCGAAAAGGAGAAAUUUGAUAAGAUUUGCCAUCAAGAAGUCAGAGAAUCAAGUCAGAGCAAUCCGUCGUGCUGCACCUCUUUGCAAUUAUAUUAAUGGAUAUAUAUGUGUGACUUUGUCCAGUCCUAAGACAUAUUACUGCUAAGUAUUUGUUUUGUGUAAGACUACUCCGUGUCUCUGGUCUGGUACUUGUAAUAAUACACUUGUUUCUGUCUUAAGCAAAUGUCACUUAGCGUUCUGUUUAA